AUGGUUGACGACAACAUCAACGAUCUCAUUGAAGAUGUCAUCAACGCAUCCAAACUCCCCGCCAAAGGCCGCGCCAUCAAUAUCAAGACGACCGUUGCCUCCCUGUCAACGCUGGCGUACGACAACGGCCUCGACUCUGCCGCCGUUGACAAGCUCGUUGAUCUAGUCACCACUCCAAACUACCUUGACCAAGCAAGCUUGGCAGCUGUCGUGCGAAACCUGUACCCCGCAGAAAGGGUUUCGCAUGAUGUUGUUCUGCGCGUCGUAUCCGCCUUGGGCCACGGCACCCUCAAAGCGCCUCUGGCGCUGCAAGGAGCGCUGCUGAAAUGGCUCGUAAUGGUGUACCAUGUGCUGGAGACGCCGGGCGUACUGGCUCAAGCCUAUUCUGUUUUGUUCAAUCUCCUUGACACGGCGGCCAUUCGGCCCCAACUUGCGCAUCUGUUGGCGCUGAUCACAAGGAGAAGACACGUCCGCCCGUUUCGAAUCCAACAAUUAUUGAAUCUGUCGAGACAAACAGGUAACGAUCCGCCACUUGUGGGACUGCUCCGCGUGUUUAAAGACUACUACCCCGAGAUUAUCGUUGGAGAGGCCGUCCGCGGAAAAGCAUCCGCGUUCAAGCACCCGGAUGUUCUGUGGCGGUCUAGACUCGGUGAGAUUCAAGACGCGCAUCGCCAACGCGUCGCUGGGCAGAGAUCGACCGGACCGCAGAGCGGAUUCAGGGUCAACCGGCCUGUCAAUCGGGCUCAAAGGAACAAAGCUGUUCCUGUUGUAUUGACCUCUCAUGCUACCGAGGACUCGGUAACGCUGGAAGAGGUUGAGGAUGUGAAUAGUUUCGUCUCGAAAAUGGACAAGCUGGAGUUGCCCAAUCAGCUGGUGGCCGUCCUGGCCGAUCCUCUUCUUCAAAAGCUACUCAUCUUGCGACCUGAUCCGGAAUCCUAUCAGAGAAUAUCCAACUGGCUCAGCGCCGUGUUUGAUGAAGUCCUGUCGGGUGACGCAGACGCAGCCACGCUGUGGGAGGUUCUCGAUGUGGUGAGGGAGUUUGUUGUGCGGACAAGGACAAUCCCUCCGCUGCUGCUGGGCUUCUUUACGCGGUUCUUUGAGAUAUGGGAUGGUGAGGGACCGAGGGAUAUUGUGUUUGACAUACUCGGCUUUGUGCCCAUGCAUGACUUUACAGAGCUGCAUGAGCUAUUGUUCAAACCCCUCGAAGCUGCAGUCGAGAGCUAUGCUCCGGCUUCCCAGCUGAGUCUCCUCAAAAUGUACACGCAUCUCCUCCGGCACUGGACGUCGGUGCUGCAGUCCAGCGAUGCAGUUCCCGAGAACGCAAGCGACGGUAUCUCAGCCCUCGUCCGCCACGUCAACAUCCUCGGCCUUACGCUCCUGCAGACUGCGCCAUCUGUCGGCACGGACUCGCUGAUUCUCGACUUUUACGAACAAGCCGCGCGUCUGGUCAUCGACGCCAAGCUGAAGCGAUAUCUCCGCAUCGAGCUGCCCCCUCCUCCGCUGAUAUACACCUUCCUCUUCAGCAACUCCCUGGCCACCCUGUCACGCAUGUGCUACAUCCUGGCCGUGUACAAACGGGGCAUAGAAACCGCCGUUGCUACCCGGCCACGCGAUCAAGCUGACGCGGGCGCGGGCGCGGGCGCUCGCCGGAUCGACUCCCACACGUACGACCGGUCGUAUGUGAACCUCUUCAACGGCUACAUCAUGGACAUGUGCAACUGCUUGUGGAGAAGCCGCGCCUUCAACGACACGGACACCAACGCGAGAGCGUGUACGCUGGCCCCGGCGACCAUCAACGCCAUGGCCGCGUAUGCCCUGUCGGUGGAUCGCGCCUUGCCCCUCAAUGCCUACUUUUCGCUGUCGCAUCACCCGGUCCUGUGCUACCGGAGCAUCGAGCGCGUGCGAGAUCUCGAGGACGACGCGAUGGAGCACGACGGUUCGAUCCGGGUGAGGCACGGGGGCCCGGUGACGCAGAGCACGCUGACGAGGCUGGCCAACGCGGGGGGGAUGAGGCUCAGCUGGCAGGAUUAUAGGAUAGAAGUGCUGAAGAACCUGGCGGACAGCGGGUUUCCCGGGGUGGCGGAGCUGUUGAAGAAUGCCAUGACGGUUCUUAAGAAGUCCAUGGAUGGUAGGCUGAGCAUUCAGGGAACGCCCAUACAAAUGUAG